GCAAACAACUGUGAUAUGGCUGCAUGCUAAGAACUACAAUAUACAGUUAGCGGCGCACACAUACGCAACCAACUUGCGAAUACACACUCACACACUUAGGCUUCAAUACAUUCGACCGCGAGCAAAUUGCGCAUGCGUCAAUGGCGAUAAUAAGAUAUGUGCCCACGCAAGAUGUCGCCAGCAGCAUCGGUAGUACGAACACCACCACGAUCACUACCACCAACCACAACAGCAACAACAAUGACAGCAAUAACAAUAGCUACCUACCGUAUGCACGGAAUAGCAGCAGUAGAGUCGCCGCGCCGGCUGAACCAGCCGUCAACGUCAACAACUCACUCUACUACUGGGAGUUUGCUGCGGAAGAGUUGCCUGAGUUCUCACUGGUCGCACCAGAGUUAGAACCUUCCAUACAACAACUCGCCGCUGCAGCCCAAGAACCCGCGUCAUCCUCCUCGUACUCAUAUCAAGAAACGAAUGCCCGCACGGACAAUCACACGACUGAGGUGCAAGGCGAGCCACCGCCUUCUUUCUACACAAGUUUCAAUAUUUCCGAUGAUAUCUUCGAUUAUUUUAAUGGAUUUCUCGAAAGCACCGAGCAGCAGCAGCAACAACAACCAUUGUUGACCACCACCAGCACAGAGAGCGUAACGAACGCGAUCAGCAAUAGCGUGGCCACGGCGAACUUAACGCUCACCACGUACGUACAGACUGUUAGUAAUGGCUCACGUGACCCAGCAUUGGGUGAAUUUCUCUGUCUACUACCCAAUGAGCGUAUUUCGUUGCUGUCAUUUCUGUUUCUCUUCUCCUUCGCCACCGUGUUCGGCAAUGCACUGGUGAUACUGGCUGUGGUACGCGAACGCUAUCUGCACACGGCCACGAAUUACUUCAUCACAAGUUUGGCGGUAGCCGAUUGUCUGGUGGGCCUGGUUGUGAUGCCCUUGUCGGCGCUGUACGAAGUGCUCGAGAAUACGUGGUUUUUCGGCACCGACUUUUGUGAUAUCUGGCGCUCAUUGGAUGUGCUCUUCAGCACCGCUUCCAUUUUGAAUUUAUGUGUGAUAUCAUUGGAUCGUUAUUGGGCCAUAACGGACCCAUUCUCCUAUCCGAUGCGUAUGACGGGAAGGCGCGCCGCCUUUCUGAUAUGCGCCGUGUGGGUGUGUUCGAGUACCAUUAGUUUUCCAGCGAUUGUGUGGUGGCGUGCGGCGCGCGACGGUGAGAUGCCCGCUUAUAAGUGCACGUUUACGGAGCAUCUUGGCUAUUUGGUCUUCUCAUCGACGAUUUCAUUUUACCUGCCACUACUAGUUAUGGUCUUCACCUAUUGUCGCAUCUAUCGUGCUGCGGUCAUACAGACACGUUCGCUGAAAAUCGGCACCAAGCAAGUGCUGAUGUCAUCGGGUGAACUGCAAUUAACCUUGCGCAUACAUCGCGGCGGCACGACACGUGAACCUUCGACAAGCGCGUCGCAUCAUCCGACAAUUCAUGGCUCGUUGGGUGGCGCACCGAGCGGCGAUGGCUUGCAACAUCAUCGCCAUCAUUCACAUCAACAUUCGACGCUUCACAAUCACAGCGCAUCGGGCACGACGACUUCAACGCCCGAGGAGCCUGACGAUGAACCACUAUCGGCGUUGCAUAAUAAUGGUCUGGCACGUCACAGGCAUAUGGGUAAAAAUUUCUCCUUGUCGCGUAAGUUGGCGAAAUUCGCCAAAGAGAAGAAAGCAGCCAAGACGUUGGGUAUAGUGAUGGGUGUGUUCAUCGUGUGUUGGCUGCCGUUCUUCGUUGUUAAUUUGCUAUCCGGUUUAUGUGUGGAGUGCAUCGAACAUGAAGAGAUAGUGUCGGCAGUGGUCACAUGGUUGGGCUGGAUCAAUUCAUGCAUGAAUCCGGUGAUAUACGCUUGUUGGAGUCGAGACUUCAGGAGAGCAUUUGUGCGUCUGCUGUGCGUUUGCUGCCCGCGUGGAGUACGCCGCAAAUACCAACCGACAAUGCGUUCCAAAUCGCAGAGAUUUGCGACGCGCCGUUGCUAUUCGACAUGCUCACUGCAUGGCAUUCAACAUGUGCGACACAACUCCUGCGAACAGACAUAUAUCUAGUGUUAGUUGAAUGGGUUCUGGUGCGACAAACGCCAAGGGGCCGUCAUUAGAGGCAUGCGAAUGCUCAAAUACAAAUACAAGCUCAAACAAAUCAGACAAAAUGAAAAAAUCAUAAAACAGAAACAGAAACAGAAACAGAAGCAAAAACAGAGCGACGUGGCAUAAUGUGCAAAUGAAUGAAUUAGCGGUGUAAAAUGGCGGCAAACCAAGCAAGCGCCACUACCAAUACAAAGAC